GGAUUAUGUUUAGGUUUGCAGAUCAUAACAGGGUGCUUUUUGUCCAUGCAUUAUUGUGCAGAUGUUGGUUUGGCUUUUGCAUCGGUAGGACAUAUUAUGCGCGAUGUUAACUAUGGGUUUUUAUUAAGAUAUUUUCAUGCUAAUGGAGCUUCUCUGUUUUUUUUAUGUCUUUAUCUUCAUAUUGGGAGAGGUUUGUAUUAUGGGAGUUAUACGAAAGCCUCGGUUUGGCGAGUUGGUGUCGUAAUAUUUCUUUUGACGAUGGCGACGGCUUUUAUGGGCUAUGUAUUGCCUUGAGGCCAAAUGUCUUUUUGGGGGGCGACAGUUAUUACAAAUUUAUUGUCAGCUUUGCCCUAUGUGGGGACCGAUAUUGUGCAAUGAGUCUGAGGGGGGUUUAGUGUCUCUGGGGCUACGCUUACUAGAUUUUUUAGUCUUCAUUUUCUUUUCCCCUUUCUUUUAGCCAUUUUAGCUGGAGUUCAUAUUGUGUAUUUACAUGUAGAGGGGUCAAAUAGUCCUGUAGGUUCUAAGUCCCCUGUGGAUAAUGUGGUUUUUCAUGUUUACUAUACAUCAAAGGAUUGA